AUGGCUAAUUUCACUAAGGAAAAAGCUGACAUUAUUGUGGUUGGAGCUGGACCAUCUGGUAUAGCUACUUUAGCUUGUUUAAACAAAUUAGACAUAAACAAUGUUGUUUUAGGAAAACAAGAUUGUUGUGCUUAUUUAUGCAAGAAAAAGACUUAUGAUAGACUUCAUUUGCAUCUAUUAAAGGACUUUUGUUCAUUGCCAUUUAUGUCACAUGCAAUUUCAUCACCUAAGUAUAUGUUGAAGAAAGAAUUUAUUCAAUACUUAGAUGAAUAUGUUGAGCAUUUCAACAUCACGCCAAAAUUCCAAACUUGUGUUGAAUCAGCUUUUUACAACAGUGGGGUAAAGAAAUGGAAUGUCAAAUCAAGAAAUUUGACUAGCGGAGAAAUUGAAUUGUAUGCUAGUGAUUUCUUGAUUUUGGCAACUGGAGAAAAUAACGAAGGUCAUAUUCCAAAAAUGGUAGGAAUAGAAAAUUUCAAAGGCGAAAUAAUCCAUUCAAGUGAUUAUAGAUUUGGUGAAAAAUAUAAAGAUAAAAAGGUAUUGGUUGUUGGAUUAGGAAAUUCUAGGAUGGAGCUAGCUUUUGAUCUUUCAAGUUAUGAAAGUCACACAUCAAUUGUUGUUAGAAGUCCAUUUAGUUGUACAUCAACUAUUCUACAUGUGGAAGAGGAGAUCGUGAAUGAGGGAGUUCCUCCCCAAGGUGCUCAAGGUGACCAAGUUCCUCAAGGCAACCAAGUUCUGGUUGAAGCUCCGACUAUGACCAAUGAGGCAGUUAGGUCGGCUCUUUUGAUGAUUGCUCAAGCCGUAACUACUGAAGCUCAAGCCAUGACGGCUCAAGCUACUAGGAGUGUUAAGGCUAAUGUGAACCCCAAUGUGAGUACUAUUGCUUCUAGGUUGAGUGACUUUGUGAGGAUGAAUCCUUCAAUGUUCCUAGGUUCUAAGAGUGAUCAUCAAGUGAGAAAUUACCCUAUUCUUAUGGCCAAAGGAAGGGAGGCCAAACAAGCUUCUCUUAAUGGCUCGGAUCUUGAUGCUCCAAAGAGAAAUCGCUUCUAUGCUCUUCAAGCUAACAAGGACAAAGGAGCUCAUCCAGAUGAAGGCACCGGUAUGUGA